AUUAUUUGCUGUUAAAAAGCAUUGAAUUUCUCAGUACUAUUUUGAACAAGUUUUAAAAGUAUGACUGCUUACAGAAAAAUAUAACUUUUUUUUAAAAAUUCAUAGCAUAGUAUUAAUUUGACGCCAAUGUUUUAUAUUUAUAUCAACAAUUUACACUUGAUAAACAUUAAACAGGCCGCACAAAUAUCUAUUCAAAUUGAAGUUUUGGAUUGAAGGAGAAGCCACUAUCCAAUCAUGAUAAAAACUUUUAGAAUUUUAAAAUUAAAGAACAUUGACGUGUAAUAAUAAUAUAAACGAUGAAAAUGAUAUAUCUUCAUGUGAUAACAUUAGUCAUCGUUGCCAAAUUAGGUUUAUCAACAGAUCCACUCACCAAAAGUCCAUCAUUUGUUAUUGAGCCGCCAAACCGAGUGGUUUUUUCUAAUUCGAGCGGAACUGUCAUAUCUUGUUUAACAGAAGGCAGAUCUAGACCUCUCGUGACAUGGGUCAAGAAUGAUGGAGAGCUUAUCCACGAUCUUCCUGGCCUUCGUCAUGUUCGCCACGAUGGAUCUCUUGUUUUUCUACCUUUUGCUGCAGAAGAUUACCGGGCUGACGUUCACGCUGCUACAUACAGAUGUGAAGCUUCCAAUACGGUUGGAACUAUAGGAAGCAGGGACGUUCAAGUUAGAGCAGUUGUGUUCCAGAGUUAUGAAAUACGACUAUUUGAUGAAUUCAUUUUAAGAGGAAAUAUGGCACUCAUCCAUUGUCCAAUUCCAAACUCUGUCAGCGAUUAUGUUAGAACUGUAUCAUGGGAAAGAUUUGAUGGUUUAAUGAUUUCUUCAGCUUUUGUGAAUGGAAAAUAUGGCAUGAUGGAAAACGGAGAUUUGUACAUUUUAGACACUUCAGAUCAUAGUGAUUCAUUAAGUUUCAGAUGUUACACACAAAAUUCGGUUACUAAUGAAAAGAAAAUUAGUAUGAACUAUGCCAGGGUAAUAGUAACAGAGCCACAUCAUGCUCAACCACCAAGAAUAAUGCAAAGAUCAAGUAUAGUAACCACAGAUGUUGGACAAAAAACAACGCUAUCUUGUUUAGCUCAAGGUUAUCCUGUUCCUAGAUACCGUUGGCAUAAACUUGUUAGAAACCAGCCUUUUUCUCUCCAUGAUAAUUCAUCAAUUAAACUAUUUGGCGGUGUCCUUAUAUUCCACAAACCUCUUCCCAUCGACAGCGGUCUAUAUGUUUGCCAUGUUAGUAAUACCAUGGGAGAAGAUUCUGUUCAGAUUGAACUAAUAGUUGAAGAACCUCUGCAAGUGACAGUAACACCCAAAGAAUUACGAAUGGAUGUAGGACGGACAGCGACAUUCAAUUGUAACGUGUCAGGAAGUCCUGUGAGAUCAGUCGUUUGGAGGAAGGACAUGGAAUUACUGUCGUCAUCGAAUCCAAGUGUAUUUUUUCCUUCUCAGUUUGUGGUACAACUAAGACAGCUCAAGAGGCAAGACUCUGGAAUGUAUCAAUGCUUUGUUUAUAGAGAGUCUCACUCAGUUCAGUCUUCAGCUAGGUUAUUGAUCGGAGAUUUAGCACCAAAGCUCAAAUCAUUCUUCCCUGAAAUGACUGUUCGUUCUGGAAGUUUCGUAUCUUUAACCUGCAUUGCAACAGGAAAUCCCGAACCUCGUAUUCGUUGGCUUCUUGAUCGAAUUUGGCCGGUAGCAACUCGUCCAGGAAUUUUAGUAAGCACUUAUCUAAGUUCUGAAAAUGCCGUAACAAGUUACGUCAAUUUUACAUCUGUAGACGUUAAAGAUAGCGGACUGUACACAUGUGAGGCGAUCAAUGAUGCUGGUCAAGUGAUGCAUUCUAAGCGCUUAAAUGUAUUUGGACUGCUAUUCGUAAGGCCAUUAGAUAAUGUGACCGCAUUGGCUGGAGCUGGAUAUGCGAUGACCUGUCCAUUUGGUGGAUAUCCAUUUGAUGUCAUAAAAUGGAAGAGAGACAAUAUUCCUCUACCUCUUAAUCAGCGUCAACGAGUUUUCCCAAAUGGUACAUUUCUUAUCACUGAGGUACACCAUGAGGAGGACAAAGGAUUAUACAGUUGCGAAGUUAGUUCAAGCAAUGAAAGAGUUCAACCUGUAGUGCAAACAUUUCGUCUUGAUAUACGAGCUGGACCAAAAGUGGCUCUCUUUUCAUUUAAAGACAACUUACACGAAGGAAUGAGAACGGUAGCCAACUGCAUUGUAUUAGGUGGGGAUGGUCCAUUAACAACAAGAUGGCUUAAAGAUGGACGACGGAUUGAAGAACACAAGCUAAACGUCAAUAUAUUACAGGAAGAGGAUGGGUCAAUUUCAAUCUUGACUUUCAAAAAUCUCACUCAUAUGCAUAAUGGAAACUACACAUGCGUUGUAACAAAUGAUGUUGCUUCUGGAUCAAGUAGUGCUGUUCUUACUGUUAAAGUGCCUCCAAGGUGGAUAUUGCGUCCAACGGAUGUUUCAACCGUAGCCAACAAACCUGCGAGAAUUGAUUGUCAAGCGGAUGGUGCUCCUUUACCACAUGUACGCUGGAAAAUGGCUCAAAAUGAACUGCCUGAUGAAUUUCGCACAAUUGUGAGUAGUUCUCACAUUCAUAUAUUGAUGAAUGGUUCAUUGAACAUUCGAAGUGUCCAAGGUUCUGAUGCUGGCUUUUACCUUUGUGAAGCUAACAAUGGAGUUGGUUCGGGACUUAGCGCAAUCGUUAAACUGACAGUGCAUAGUGCUCCUCACUUUGUCACAAAGUUCCUGGUCAUUACUGUAAGACGAGGUGAUAAGGCUGUAAUUGAGUGUUCCCCAGAGGGCGACCAGCCUAUCUCAUUCUCUUGGAGGAAAAAUGGCGCUCUUAUAGAUUUCAUUAGGGAACCACGCUAUUCUCAAACAGCUGAAAAUGUUCAAAAUGGUCUGAAAUCAAUAUUCUCCAUAGAAAAGUCAGAAAGGAAAGAUUCUGCUUUAAUGACUUGUACUGCUACAAAUAGUUUUGGUGAAGAUUCGAUCAACAUCCAAAUAACAGUUCAAGAUAUUCCUGAUGCACCACAAAACUUGGAAAUUUAUGAUGUAGCCAGCAGAAGUGUACGUUUAACAUGGAAAAAGCCUUUUGAUGGAAAUUCUCCUGUUACAAGAUACACUAUUAUGUGGAGACAAGUUGAUGGUGAUAUAGCUGGAGGACCGCUCCAUGUUCCUGGAAGUGAAACAACUCUAAUUAUACGAGGACUAAGACCGAACACGAGAUAUUUCUUUAGAGUUAAGUGUGAGAACAUGUUAGGGGAAAGUCAGUUUGGUGCGGAAGUUGCUAUAACUACAUUGGAAGAACCUCCUUCUAACUCACCUCAAUUUGUGAAAGCAGAACCUAUUUCAUCAAAGUCUAUUAAUGUUACAUGGCAGGUUCCCGUGGAAACUGGGAAAAGCAGCAUGGAUGGAUUUUAUGUUGGCUACAAGAAUUCGAGAAAUCCAGAACCUUAUACUUUUAAACCAACGAGCUAUCAACAGGGUCAUUUACACCAUUUUGCAAUUACAGAUUUAAACCGUAAUUCAGAAUACAGUAUAGUAGUUCAAGCUUAUAACAGUCGAGGAGCCGGGCCUCCCUCAGAAGAAGUGUAUGUACGAACAUUAGAAUUCGAUAGGCCAAGUGCCCCAAUAUUACGUACUUACUUUGCGACCUCUAGAACUUUGAAGUUGUCUUGGGACCCCAGGAUUCAUCAUAAUGCACCGGUUUCAGGUUAUAUAUUACACUACAAAAUGGAUGGUCAGGAAUGGUCAGAAACACAUUUAACAGGCGAAAAAUCAUCCUAUACUCUUCAUGAUUUACAAUGUGGAACAAGUUAUUCUUUUUAUCUCGUUGCUUUCAAUAGCGCUGGUAGUGGGAAUAAUAGUGAUAUUAUGUCAGCAAAAACAGACGGUGGUCCACCUAGAGCACCUGACAAACGUCUCAUGCUCUCGGUAAACUCGACCUCAGUAAAUAUUAAUUUAAACAGUUGGCAUAACGGAGGUUGUCCAAUCAGUGUUUUCAUAAUCCAGUACAAGCCGAAUGGUCUGCAAGAAUGGACUUUAGUUAGCAACAAUAUUAUCCCGGAGCAAGGGAAUAUCACAAUAACUGAUUUGAGUCCUGGUUCUUGGUACUCAAUGCUGAUAACUGCGAAAAACGAUGCCGGUUCAACUGAUGCAGAGUAUAUUUUUGCUACUUUAACACCGUCAGGAGAAUAUCCUCCAAGGCCUUCAAAAGUAAGUGAUAUUAGUGGAUCACUUUAUCGUCACUUGACAAUAACGGCUCCAGUGUUAAGUUCAAUUAUAGUUCUGAUGGUGGUUCUCUGCGCGGUGUGUUUCAUUACGAGACGACGCUCAUCAGAUAAUGCAAGAAAUUUAAAUGCUGAUGGAGAAAAUCGAGAUCCCAUCAAAUCUGAAAAUUUUCCCUUGUCUGUAACUUACGAUGUUACACAUGAGCCAACUUAUUUACCAACUCCAUACGCUUCUAGUCGGGGCACAGGAGGCAACAGAAAACAUUGUAUUCUUCCAGGAAAUGAUAAUGAACAAAAUGUUGGAACGCUUGGGAGCAUAAGAAGUAGCUUCAAUUAUAGUUCUUCACAUCAAAUCCGUCGAGCUGAAAAAGCUGAAUGUGUUUACGAAUCUCCAAUGAUAUACAUUUCAGGAUACAGACAAACAGGUAUAGAAAUGCAAACUCUAAGAGAGCAUCCUAUUUAUGAAGAACCAGAUAGAGCAAGAUUAAAAGUUCACAACACAGCAAGACUUUGGAGAGAAUCGGGUGAUGGGGACUCAAGCUCAGGUUCCGAAGGCGCUGAGUUAUUAUAUACCCUUCAAUCACGAAAUGAUCAAGUGAUCUGUGAAGAAGCAAGAGAGUCAGAAACAGAAUGUGAUAGACUGUGGAAAACAUAUGAAGCCACUUGUUACGAAAGCAAUAAAAGGUGGUCCGUAGAGCAUACAGCUCUUGCAUAAACAAAUGAUAAAAUUUAGACUGAUUUCAUUUGGAAGAGGAAAUGGGAAGUCUGAUAUGGGAGCUUAUUAAUUUCCUCUUCAAAAGUUUUCUUCCUCGAAAUCUUGAUUUUAUCAGCCAAAUAUGCAGAUGUAUUGGAUUAAUGCAUGAUUACGUCUGUGAGGCAUUAAUUAAAAUUCCAGUGGAAGUAAUCAUGUUGAAUUUGUGAUAUUCUGUACAAAAGGAUUUUAAUAAAUGUUACAAAAUUUA